AUGGCACCAGACGCGAAUAGCCUCGCAUCUCAUCUUCAGCAGAGCCUUUCUAUCCCUGACGAUGAAGCGAGCUCCCACAAUAGCCGCGAGUCCUCGACAGCGGAAAUCGGCUCGUCUCUGUCGCCUCUCGCAAACGACUUCCGACCUACUUUCGGACCAGCCCCACCACCAUUCAUCGUUGCCACCUCAUUCUACGAAAAGCGCGAGAUACAUAAUAAGGGGACUGGAUUGGUUGCGCUCCGCGAUAUUCCAGUGGGCACUCGAAUCAUCUGCGAGCCGCCGCUUCUGACUAUACCAUACAACUUGACUACGCUCGUCUGGGAUCAAUACUGUCAACUCUCGCUUGAAGACAAGCAUGUCUACGAUAACCUAUCCUACCAUCCGCACCUGAACGCACAUCUACGACAGCCCGGCCAGAUUUCCAGCAGCUCCGAAAACAGCAAGAUCGAUGGAGAUGCAGAUGAGGAGGGAGAUGCAAUUCGAGUCACGCAGAUCUUUGCAAGCAACAAUUUGGUGAUCGCAAAGGGAGCACAUGGCGUCUUUCGGGAAACAUCACGCAUCAAUCAUUCCUGUGUCCCUAAUGUGCACCACUCCUUCAGCCCGGAUCUUAAGAAGGAGGUCGUCCAUGCGGCACGCGACAUCUGCGCCGGCGAAGAGCUGUUGACGACGUACAUGGGACAAGCGGGCAUCUUCUCGACUCGAGCCCAGCGCACAGAGUAUCUGCGUACAAAUUAUGGGUUCACGUGCCAGUGUCCAGCGUGUACGGAUAUUACAGGAGUCAGCGACGCUCACCGAAUGUUACUGAACUCGCUAGUCUACGGCAUUGAGCAGGUAAGAUCCAAAAGCCGUCAACAUCAGAAGCAGCUCUGAUAUCACCACGGGAGUGCAUUCAGUGGCUUUCAUGUUCGGGACAUUCGACUGACGAAUCUUAUAGUUCCGCAAGGGCUCUGAUGGCGUGUGCGAUACGAAGCCGAAAUCCCUCUCUGAAGCUCGCUCGCAGGCAAUUGACAUCAUCGGGACUCUCCUCACAGACGGUCUUUCGGGCACAGAACUAGUCCGCGCCUACCGUCUGGCCUCGGAGCUUGCUGUCGACGACAAGGACUUUGAGCAGGCCCUCGAAUUCGCUGUCAAAGAACUCGAGGUGGAGUGCAAUCUCAUGGGCAUGGAGAGAGACGAUCUGAAGCGCAAGGGCCUUGCAAGCGAGCAGUGGAUUGCGGAAAUACAGGAGAAGCAGCGUGAGAUGAUGUUGCAAGAGAGGAAGAAGUUGAAGCAUGCAAAGAAGAAUCAGAAUCGCAAGGGGGAGGGUCAGGAGAAGAGGAAGCACAUGAAGACGGGAGGUUUCAAGAGCAACGAGUGA